GCCACGUAGGAGAGCUUCUCGUUCAAUUCAGUUAAUCUCCACUUCGCCUCUGUACAAAUUUCGGUCGCCAUAUCAAUAGGCAAACACGGACUAUUCUCGUACGGUCCACCGCAGCUAAGAAAUAGGAUAACCGCCGGAGAUUUCGUACGGCGGCGAUCUCAUUUUCGGCAAUGGAGUCUCAUGGCUCCGGACUCCGCCGCGUAUUGCUCCUGGCAUUUUGUAUCUCCGGGAUUUGGUCGGCUUAUAUUUAUCAAGGCGUCCUGCAAGAAACUCUGUCGACGAAGAGGUUCGGUCUUGAUGGAAAGAGGUUUGAGCACUUGGCUUUCUUAAAUCUUGCUCAAAGUGUGGUGUGCUUGAUAUGGUCAUUUAUGAUGAUAAUGAUUUGGUCGGAUGGUGGAAAGAGUGGUGCUCCAUGGUGGAGCUACUGGAGUGCUGGCAUUACUAAUACAAUCGGACCAGCCAUGGGAAUUGAAGCACUCAAGUACAUUAGUUAUCCCGCUCAGGUUCUGGCUAAAUCUUCAAAAAUGAUUCCAGUGAUGCUGAUUGGUGCACUAGUUUAUGGGAUCAAAUAUACCGUCCCUGAGUACGUUUGCUCACUUCUAGUUGCUGGUGGUGUAUCGCUUUUUGCACUUUCUAAGACUAGCUCAAAGACAAUUAGCAAAUUAGCACACCCUAACGCCCCACUAGGAUAUGGGCUUUGUUUUCUGAACCUGGCUUUCGAUGGUUUCACUAAUGCUACUCAAGAUUCAAUUACGGCCAGGUAUCCUAAAACAGACGCUUGGAACAUGAUGAUGGGAAUGAACUUAUGGGGCACCAUCUAUAAUCUGGUAUUCAUGUUCGGGUGGCCAGGUGCCAUUGGCUACGACGCAGUCCAGUUCUGCCAGAAACAUCCAGAAGCAGCAUGGGAUAUUUUUCUCUACUGUCUAUGUGGUGCAGUUGGCCAGAAUUUCAUAUUCCUAACCAUCAGCCGGUUUGGCUCCUUGACCAACACCACGAUAACCACAACCCGUAAGUUUGUGAGCAUAGUCGUGUCUUCCCUGUUGAGCGGAAACCCCCUUUCUGAGAAGCAAUGGACGAGCGUAGUCAUGGUCUUCUUCGGAUUAUCGUACCAAAUAUACCUCAAAUGGAAGAGGGCGCAGAGAAUGCAGAAGAAGAGGAGGUCCACAUAAACAACUCAUGGAUCAUGUUACUAUGAUAUGAGGCGAUUUUGUUUUCUUUAUGAGUAGUGAGAUAUGUAGGAUUAUUUCUUCCUUCUGAUUAGAUAUUGUCAGAGCAUAGGAAAGCCGAAUUUACAAAAUGUAAUGUAAAACGCAAUUCUUAGUCAGUUUUUUAUAAAUUCAAAUAUUGUUUAGCAAAUCGAAGUAGCACUUAAGUUUUGAUGUGGUGGACCAGCAACACAAUAAUCCUAUUCAACUACUACUAAAGUUGAGGUCUCAAAUUAGUAGACCCUCUAAAUUAAGUGAAAAAAGUAUACGUCAAAUGACUUGUUUGCCCCUAUGAUACAGCAAGGUGAGGCUCUGCGUUGAUGAUUAAACCAGUGGGUGUUCCAGUAAUUUCAAAGGAAGAGUGGCUGCCAGUGAAAGCAAACUUUAACUUGUACAAGUUUCCCUCCAUUAAACCAGUAAACUUUUGCUUUGUCGAUCAUCAUCACACUUGUCCCUCGGCUGACCAACUUAAAUAACAGCCCUCCUUUCCCAGAAGAAGCACACUCCAAACAACUUGCAGACUUGAACAGAGAGAGUCAAGAACAAGAAGCUCACGAGUAAACUUCACACUCAGGUAAGUAUUCAGUCUUACUUUCUGU